GUCAGCAGUCAAUCAUUUCAUUCGUUCGUAGAAAGCAAGCUUUCGGCUUUUUUGAAUAUUAUUUUUCGACUUUCCUUUAUUGUUUAUUCGGGUGAAACAUGUCAUCAAACAAUGGUCGAAAACGUCCUGCUAUUCUCAGUAAACGAGCAUCCAAAAUAAAGAAGGUGAACAAAUCAGCUUCUGAAGAUGAGGACAGCAUCGACUCGGCAACUUCAGAGAAUCCACCCAGGAGUCCAUCCCCAAUGCCAGAGGAGUCUAAAAUUAAAUUACCAGAGGAACUAUUGAAGACUUUCAUAAAGACACCAGGUGUGCUAUUGAUAGCAGGCCUUGUCUCUUGGGAUCUGGUUGCUAAGAGAGACAGUAAUCCUUCGAAACGCACCCAUCCCAAUCUAUACACCUUCCACAAGUUUACUAAUCGCAGGUACCGCUUAAUAGUGAGUUGCUGUAGUGCUGGACACUCCAUACUCGUGUCAGAGGAAGGUGAAGCUUACACCUUUGGUCGUAACACAUGCGGCCAGCUAGGUUUCGGUGACACUACAACCCGGGAUGUACCUGAGGUAGUACCUACUCUACAGGGAAUGAACAUCAUACACGCCGCAGUCGGACGAAACCACUCACUCUUUGUCACAGAUACUGGUACUGUGUACGCUUGCGGCGAUAACAAGAGUGGACAAUGUGGCGUCGGUAAUAAUACUCCGCAGAUAUUGAAACCCACGCGCAUAAAAUACAGUGGUGCUCCAGUAGUGAAAGUUGGCUGUGGGGCGGAAUUCUCCAUGAUUUUGGAUUGUAACGGCGCUCUUCACUCUUUUGGGUUGCCUGAGUAUGGGCAACUAGGUCAUAAUACUGAUGGCAAAUAUUUCGUUACGUCUACGAAACUGUCGUUUCACUUCGAAACAGUACCGAAACAUAUUGCACUAUUCUUCGAAAAGUCGAAAGACGGCCACGUGAGCCCGGUCAAGGAUGUCGAUAUUGUCGACUUCUCCUGUGGUAAUAACCAUACGGUGGCGAUAGACUCUAAAAAGCGAGCCUACAGUUGGGGCUUUGGCGGAUUCGGUCGGUUGGGGCACGCUGAGCCAAGAGACGAAAGUGUUCCACGACUCAUCAAAUAUUUUGAAACGCAGUCGCGUGGCGUCCGCUCUGUGCAUUGUGGUGCAACUUACAGUCUUGCUGUCAAUGAGAAUGGUGCUUUGUUCAUGUUUGGCCAGACAAAGAGGACCGGGGAGGCGAAUAUGUACCCCAAACCAGUGCAGGACCUUUCUGGUUGGAAUAUUCGCAGUGUUGGCACAAGCAACACGUCCGUUGUACUAGAAGCGGACGACUCUCUAAUAGCUUGGGGCGUUUCGCCGACAUAUGGGGAAUUGGGUACAGGUGAGAUCGCUAAGUCUACUGCGCGACCCAAAGAAGUAUCACGAAUGGACGGCAUGAAAAUAACCCAGGUUACCAUGGGUUUCUCUCACACACUAUUGCUGGCCGACGAUUCUAGCGAUGAGGUAAAAGAGAAGCUCGCUAAUAUGCCAACAUUUUCGCCUUAAGUUGACUCAAUCUCUUUAACUUAAAUUUGGUUAGACUGGGAUCAGUCAACCAAUAAAUAAUUUGUAACCAAUACAGUCAGCUCGACUAUUUGUUCUCAAGUCGACUGCUGAACGCUCAUUUUAAGACUGUUUCUUCUACAGCAUGUGAAGAAAUUUUUUAUACAUUGUUAAUGUCUGUUUAUUUGAGAACAUACGCCUUUGCAUUGCAUGACUUUUCUCUUAUUUACAUCGUUUAUAUUUUUUAUAAUCACUCUUUUUUGCUAAGACACUAAUAAAAUUUUUCUAUUAGAUAAAUGAACUUUAUUAUGUCUUUUAAAUAUACAAUUCUUGUAUAUUUGAAGGUUUGUUAUCAUAUAUAUAUAUAUAUAUAAACAUUAUUUCUAAUGUAACAACUUAGCAAAUCACUCGGGACUAGUAUUAAGCAUAUAAAGGUUGCGGUGCAGAGAUGCCUUUUUUGACUGAGAUACCCGUUGUACACAUUUCACUUCUUGUUAUAAUAAUAAUAUAAAUAAUGUAAUAUUCAAAGUAUUCGUAUCAAUUAUUACUUGAAAAGUACUCAAAUUGUAUAUAUAU